AUGGAGUUUGAUAGUGAGGAAGAGGCAUAUGAUUUUUACAAUGCAUAUGGUGGUCGAAUUGGAGUUCCGGCUUGUAAUGUAUAUGAGUUGAUGGGAAGGCAGUCUGGUGGCAAAGAAUCAGUCCGGUACUUGAAAGUGGAUCUUAAAAAUUAUCUAAGGACGCGAAGACAAAAUGAGCUUCUUUAUGGAGAGGCGGCAUGGCUUGUGGAUUAUUUUGAGACGCGUGGUUGUGAAGAUCCUUCGUUCUUCUAUUCCUUGCAACUGGAUACUGAGCAAAUGAUUACGAAUAUAUUCUGUUUCAACACAACAUACAAAGUGGUACACGGCAAUAGGCCAUUUGCAAUUUUCUUGGGUAUGAAUCAGCACCAGGAAACCGCUGUGUUUGGAGUAGCCUUAAUGUAUGAUGAAACAGUGGAUUCGUUUGUCUGCUUAUUUGAAAUGUUCUUGAAAGCGAUGGGCGAAAAAGCGCCAAAGACAAUUAUUACGGAUCAAGAUGCUGCAAAGGUGAAGGCAUUAAAGCAGGUCAUGCCGGUGACGAAGUAUCAUUUAUGUGUUUGGCAUUUAAUGAAUAAUGCGCAAAAUAACCUAAUGUUUCUAUUUAAACACGUUGAAGGAAUAAAGAAGGUCAUCUCAAAAUUAAUGUUCCAAAUUGAGAAGGAGGAUGAUUUUAUCACGGAAUGGGAUUUAAUGAUUGCAGAGUAUGGUGUUGCUGCUGAGUAUGGCUUGCUGGAGAGGCAACCGGAAUUAAAAACAAAGUACCACAUAUUACGUCAAGCGGGGAAGGUGUACACUAAGGCAAUAUUUCAGCUUUUCCAGGAGGAUUUUUUAGCUGCUCUUGCGAGUCAGGCUGUUAUUAGUUGUAGUGACUUGGAUAACAAUGGACACCGUGUUUAUAAAGUUGCUGGUGAGGACAGGGUGCAACACAUUGAAUUGUCAUACUCAUGUUGUAAAUUUCAAAGAGAGGGCUAUUUGUGCAGGCACAGUCUGAAAAUCCUUAAAGAUUGCAUGUUUGUGAAUGAGUUGCCUUCGCGAUAUAUAAUAAAAGGGUGGACUAGAAAUGCUAGAGAUGGCAGGUUGGAGGAAAUUGUUUCCACUGACGUAAAUCUGGAUCCUCAACUUGAGAUUAGGUGA